UUCCGCCCAGGCGCGAAAUGUAACGCGGGAAACACUGGAGCGGGGACCCUGGCGGCAGGUUGUUAUUUUCGGGGGCUCGGCGUCGCGCGUCCUGCUUUCCUGUCAUCGCAAGGCGAGCCGUCCGCCGCUUCCCGCCGCUGCAGCCCGCGUUGGGGAGCAACAAAGAGCGGAGGGCGGGCUUGACCCAGGGCCGGGGUCCGGCCUUGGCCGCCUGGUGCCGGCCGAACCGCUCUGCUCCUUCGCUGGCCGCCGCGCAGGAGGGUUCCAGGAAACGUCCGCCUGCCAUGAGCUGGCGGGACUGAGAGCCGGCCACUCGGAGCAGCGCGGGCGGGCGGAGCAAAGGGCCAGACCCGGGCUCGGGGAGUGCGGCCCACGGCCGCCGGAGCUGCGGAUCCGGGCCGGGCCAUGAUCCGGGGUGUGGAGGCGCCGAUGGCGGACAACCCGCCGCAGCCGCCGCCCAUCAUCUUCUGCCAGGACUCCCCGAAGCGGGUGCUGGUGUCGGUCAUCAGGACGACCCCGAUCAAGCCCGCAUGCGGCGGCGGAGGGGAGCCAGAGCCGCCGCCGCCGCUCAUCCCCACCAGCCCCGGCUUCAGUGACUUCAUGGUGUACCCGUGGCGCUGGGGCGAGAACGCGCACAACGUGACGCUCAGCCCCGGGGCUGCCGGGGGCGCCGCCUCGGCUGCCUUGCCCGCCGCUGCCGAGCACCCGGGGCUUCGGGGCCGGGGCGCACCCCCGCCCACCGCCUCGGCCGCCGCAGCCGCCGCCUCAGGAGGUGAGGACGAGGAGGAAGCGAGCAGCCCGGACAGCGGCCACCUCAAAGAUGGAAUCCGACGUGGUAGACCCAGAGCAGAUACUGUACGGGAUUUAAUAAAUGAAGGAGAGCAUUCGUCCAGCAGAAUCCGUUGUAACAUCUGUAAUAGGGUAUUCCCACGGGAAAAAUCGCUCCAGGCUCACAAAAGGACUCAUACAGGUGAGAGACCCUAUCUGUGUGACUAUCCAGACUGUGGAAAAGCCUUUGUUCAAAGUGGACAGCUCAAAACCCAUCAGCGUCUUCACACCGGAGAAAAACCUUUUGUUUGUUCAGAAAAUGGCUGCCUGAGCAGAUUCACCCAUGCAAACCGCCACUGUCCGAAGCACCCUUAUGCCAGGCUGAAGCGAGAAGAGCCCACAGAUGCUCUCAGUAAACCCCAGGCUGUGGACAACCAGGCUGCCGCCGAAUGGCUGGCAAAGUACUGGGAAACACGAGAGCAGCGUACUCCCACCUUGAAAGGAAAGCUGGUUCAGAAGGCGGAUCAGGAGCAGCAGGACCCUCUGGAGUACCUUCAGUCGGACGAGGAAGACGAUGAGAAGAGCGGUGCCCAGCGGCGGCUGCAGGAGCAGCGAGAGCGCCUGCACGGAGCCCUCGCUCUCAUCGAGCUCGCGAACUUGACGGGAGCGCCACUCCGCCAGUAGCCCGAACACUGACUCUUCCACUGUACAAAAGUACUGCCCAGCGUACUUAAAAAGUAGAUCCUUGGGCAUAAGCUAAGCACCUUAUUUGCUUAUCAUAGGCUGCUAUUCUGUAGAAAUUUAUGAAGAAUGUCAUUGCCCCAGAAUAUGGGGUGAGAGAGAAUUGCACUUUUUUUAUAUGGUAAUGGAUUUGUUGUAAAGUUUAAAAUAUUUUGUAAAUACGGGACUUCUAGUACAGGGUAGAAAACUACAUAUUGUGGGAAGCUAGAUUUUGCAAGUUUAAUGCAUUCAUUGGAAGCAGUUCUCACAGGAAGCACUUUCUGAAUAAGACACUUGU